AUGCCGUCGUCGUCGUCGCACAGGCCGCACCCGUUGCGCCAGUCGCACACAGCCGACUAUCGCUCUUCCGAUAUUUACCGCCAGCCCUCGACAGCAUCCUCAUCUGCCUCGUCGGGCUAUUCCCAUGUGUCUUCUGCUUCUUUCGAUCUGAAUCUAAGUCGAGCCCCCAGCGCCAUGUCCGCCGCGUCCAGUGUUUACUCGACCACGAACCCGGGAUACGGCCACAAGAGAGGGCAAAGCGAGGCCAGCCACUUGGUUCCAAGUCUUCGUUCUUCUCAUAGUUAUUCCUCUACGCCCACCACACCAACACCGGAUAAUAUCUAUUCGGCUGCUCGUCAAUCGCUCCGACCACUCCCCCAGGUGCCACCAGGUACUUCUUCUUCGACAACAUUAACACCACCACCCCGCGCUCCCAGCCACCGUGACCGAGGCUAUAGUGUAGACAUCGGUAACAGUCGCUAUGAUCGGGGUCAGAAUGUUGAUGCCGUCCCCAGUCACCACUCCCGAGGCCGCAGCGUCGACGUCGGCAGGUUAGAUAUGGCCAGCCUGUCGCUAUCGUCACCUCGCGAACGAACCCCGCCAACCUCACCACAACCUCCAACACCACCCCGCCGCGGCUCCCUCGUACCAGCAACCUCGCCGGGCGCGGCAAACCCACCAACACCCCCAGGUCAUGGCAACCACCGGCCCUCGGUCGUCCGUCCUACUUCGAUGCUUCUGACUCGAUCCGACACCGUCAUGGCGCCCCGUCGACCUAGCGACGUCGGCAUCAUGGCCCCCCCUCUGCUGAGCGCCCACACAGUAGCACCGAUUCUUAGGCCGGAUCUGGAAAGUUUGGGGCGAUCUUCGACCAGUGAACUACGAACAUUGUCCAAGCUGGCCAAAUCGGACGAUUUCAAUACCAUCACUUCUGCCACGCAAGAGGUUGUCGGGUUGAGAGGUCGUCGCCGUUUGAAAUCAAACCGGCCCGCGGCCAAGUCUGGCUGGGAAAACAGAAACUGGAUGGACAAGCAGAGGCAGUUUCUGCAGGCGUACGAAUACCUCUGCCACAUUGGCGAAGCAAAAGAGUGGAUCGAGGAUAUCAUUCAGCGGGCGAUCCCGCCGAUUGUGGAAUUGGAGGAAGCCCUGCGGGAUGGAGUUACUCUGGCGGAAGUGGUGGAGGCGUUGAACCCGGAGAGGAGGUUCAAGAUUUUUCGGAACCCGAAGCUGCAGUACCGGCACAGCGACAAUAUUGCGAUUUUUUUUCGGUAUCUGGAUGAGAUUGAGCUGCCGGACUUGUUUAGGUUUGAGUUGAUUGACCUGUACGAGAAGAAGAACAUUCCCAAGGUGAUUCACUGCAUCCAUGCGCUGAGCUGGUUGUUGUUUCGGAAGGGGGUGGUGGGGUUUAGGAUUGGGAAUUUGGUUGGGCAGUUGGAGUUUGAGGAUAGCGAGCUGGAGAAGAUGCAGAGGGGGUUGGAUAAGCUGGGGGGGGCGAUGCCUAGUUUUGGGAAUAUGGGGGCUGAUUUUGGGGUGGUGGAGGAGGUGGUGGAGGAGGAGACGGAGGAGGAAAGGGUGGAGAGGGAGUUGGGGGAGGCGGAGGAGAGUGUGAGGGAGUUGCAGGCGCAGGUUAGGGGGGCGGUGGCGAGGAUGAGGUUGGGGGAGAUGAUGGAGAGGUUGUGGGAGGAGGAGGAGUGGUUGGUUGAUUUGCAGAGUAGGGUUAGGGGGGGGAUGAUGAGAGAGGUGGUGGAGUGGAAGUUGGAGCGGGAGCGGGUGGUUAGGCAACUGCAGGCUGCUGCUAGGGGGUGGUUGGUUAGGAAUGGGAGGGAGAUGAGGGAACGGGAGGUCAAGAGGGCGGAGCCGGCGGUGGUGAAGCUGCAGAGUGCUUUUAGGGCGGUGAGGGCGAGGAGGGAGGUGAGGGAGAAGUUGGACGAGUUGGAUAUGGCGGGUGGUGUGGUGAGGGAUAUUCAGGCGACGUUUAGGGGGUUUUUGGAGAGGAGGAGGAUACAGGAGCAGCUUGGGCAGUUGGAUGUGGAGGAGGGGCCGGUUAGGGAUAUCCAGGCGACUGUGAGGGGAUUUUUGGCGAGGAAGAGGAUGGAGGUGCAGCAGAGAGAGGUGAGGCAGAGCGAGGCGCCGGUGGAGAAGUUGCAGGCUGCUGUUAGGGGCAUGUUGCUUAGGAGGGAGGUGGAGAGGGAUCUGAUUGCGCUGGAGGAGGCGAUGCCGGCUAUUACUGGGAUCCAAGCUGCUGCGAGGGCGGCGCUGGAAAGGAGCCGUGUUGCCGAUCAGCUUGAGGCGCUGGAGAGUUUUGAGCCGGUUUUCACGACACUGCAGGCUGCCACCCGGGGCAAGGUCGCUAGGAGCACUGUGAAGGGGAUUGAGGCUGAGCUUAAGAAACAAGAGCCAAGCCUGGGCUUGCUUCAGGCGCAUGUUAGGGCUGGUGCCGUGCGGAGGGAGAUCUCGGAACAGCUUGAGGCCCUGGGUGAGGAGGAGGAGAAUAUCAUUUCUUUGCAGUCCCAGAUCAGAGGCAUGCUGGAGCGCAAUCGCGUUGCGGACGUCCUCGACGCGCUCGCUGAACAGGAGGAGUCGAUUACUCUGCUUCAGGCUCAGAUGCGCGGGAUGCUCUGCAGACAGAAGCAAGGCGAGAUUCUCGACCAGCUCGAGACGAACGAGAUGGAGAUUGCCUCGCUGCAGGGUCUUGCCAGGGCUAUGCUUCUCCGCGGCAGCGUUGCUGAGGUUCUUGACGAACUGGAUGAGAACGAAGCCGUCGUUGCCGAAGUCCAGGCUGCGGCAAAGGCGUUCAUCGUCAGGGCCAAGUUUGAAGAAAAGAAAAAGUUCUUCAACGAGAACAUGCAAAAGGUGGUAAAGAUCCAGAGCUUGGUCCGCGCCAAGCUGCAGGGCGACGCCUACAAGAGUCUUACCGGCGGGAAGAAUCCACCGGUCAAUGCGGUCAAGAACUUUGUCCACCUGUUGAACGACAGCGACUUUGACUUCAACGAGGAGGUGGAGUUUGAAAGGCUGCGCAAGACGGUGGUGCAGCAGGUUCGUCAGAAUGAGAUGCUGGAGCAGUAUAUUGACCAGCUCGAUAUCAAGAUUGCGCUGCUGGUCAAGAACAAGAUCACGCUGGAUGAGGUUGUCAAGCAUCAGCAUAACUAUGGCGGCCAUACGGGGACGCUGCUGGCGAAUAGCUCCAUGUCGAGCGCCAACCAGUUUGAUUUGAAGGCACUGAACAAGGGGUCGAGGAAGAAGCUGGAGUCGUAUCAGCAGCUUUUUUUUGCGCUGCAGACGCAGCCGCAGUAUCUGGCUAGGCUGUUUAAGCGGCUGAGGGAGGUGGGGACGGCGGAGAAGGAGUGCAAGAGGAUUGAGUUGCUGAUGAUGAGCCUAUUUGGGUAUGCGCAGAAGAGGAGGGAGGAGUAUUAUCUCCUCAAGCUUAUUGGGAGGGCGAUUGGGGAGGAGGUGGAUGCUUGCAAUAGUUUGCAGGAUUAUCUCAGGGGGAACUUUUUCUGGUCGAAGCUACUGCAGAACUACACCAGAUCGCCGCGGGAUAGGAAGUACCUGCGGGAUCUGCUUGGUCCUUUGAUCCGCGACAAUAUCAUCGAGGACCCGGAGCUGGAUCUGGAGAGCGAUCCUAUGCAGAUUUACCGGUCUGCCAUCAACAACGAAGAGCUGAGGACUGGUCGGCCCAGCAGUCGCCCUUUGGACAUUCCCCGAGAGCUUGCGAUCAAGGAUCCGGAGACCAAACAAGUCUUUAUUGAUCACCUGCGCGACUUGAGGGAGAUUUGCGAUCAGUUUUUGUUCGCGCUGGAGGAUCUGCUGCCGAGGAUGCCGUAUGGGCUGCGGUUUGUCUGCAAGCAGAUCUUCGAGGCGUUGAGGCAGAGGUUUCAGAGGGAGGACCCGGUCAGGUUGUUGAACGUGGUGAUGAACUGGCUGUGGAAGUUCUAUCUGCAACCUGCGCUGACGGCGCCGGAGAAUGUCGGUGUGGUUGAGAAGCAGCUUAGCCCGCUCCAGAAGAGGAAUCUGGGCGAGGUGGCCAAGGUGCUCAGCCAGAUGGCUUCGGGGAGGCAGUUUGGUGGGGAUAACGUCUAUCUCCAGCCGUUGAAUGCGUUCAUUGCGGAGAGCAUUGAGCGGUUGACGGGGUUGACGGAGGCAUUGAUUGCGGUGCCGGAUGCGGAGAGGACGUUUGAUAUUGAUGAGUACAACGAUCUUUACGCGAAGAACAAGCCGACGUUGUACAUCAAGAUGGCGGAUAUCUUUGCGAUUCACAACUUGAUCGCGUCGGAGCUGAUUCAUCUCUGCCCGAACAGGGAUGAUAUGCUUCGGGAGAUCAUGCAAGAUCUGGGAAGCGCCAAGCACAACGAGAGCGAGAUGACGGCUGCCGGGUCGACCGACAUUCAAAUGUUUCUGACGCCCAAGCUGCACGAUGUGGCGGACCCUGACGCGGAAGUCAAGGCGCUGUUUAUGGAGACCAAGAGGUGCAUCUUGUACAUCAUUCGCGUUCAAACUGGCACCAACCUCAUGGAGAUCUUGGUGAAGCCCAUCACGCAGGACGAUGAGCACAAGUGGCAGAUGCUGCUGAGGGAUGACUUUUCCAACGGGAGCAACACCAAGGGCGCGUACUCGGAUGCGAACAUGGUUGAUGUUACGCGCAUGAGCUAUUACGAGCUGAAGAGGAUGGCGCUGGAGAACGUGAUGAGGCUGGAGCAGAUUGGGAGGAUAUCGAGGCAUAAUUACUAUCAGGAUAUUCUGAAUGCGAUUGCCCUGGACAUCAGGACGAAGAGCAGGAGGAGGGUGCAGAGGCAGAGGGAGCUGGAGGGGGUGAGGAUGACGUUGAGCAACUUGCACGAGAAGGCGAGGUAUUUGGAGCAGCAGAGGAAGUCAUACGACGACUACAUUGAGCAAGCCAUGGCUACGCUGCAGAACAAGAAAGGGAAAAAACGCUUCCUCCUCCCCUUCACAAAACAGUACAACCAUCAACGGGAGCUGGAGCGGUCCGGCCGGGUGCCCAAGUUUGGGUCGUACAAGUAUUCCGCCCGCGCGCUCAACGACAAGGGGGUGUUGGUCUCGUGGGCGGGGAUACCGGAGAGGGAGUGGGGGCAGAUCAACCUGACCAUCUCGUGCGACGAGGUUGGCGUUUUUAGCCUGGAGGGGAGCAGGGGACACAUCCAGAUUCCUGGCGCGAGCGCGCUGGUGCCGAUUGAGGACUUGCUGCAGGCGCAGUUUGAGGCGCAUCAGUUUAUGCAGCUGUUUGAAGGGGGUUGCUUGAAACUGAAUGUGAACUUGCUGUUGCAUUUGGUUUAUAAGAAGUUUUAUAGGACGCAGUAAAGGGGGUGGGAGAAAAUGGUGUAUGAGUGAUGAAGAUGAUGAAGCGAUUGAAAGGGUUAGGAUAUUGGGAUGGAGGGAGGGGGUAAAGGAUUGGGAGGAAUUAUCUUGAGGGGGAGGACUUUGAGUUUUGUAACUCUUUGUGAAUAUGAUACCUCUUUUUGUUUUUAGUUUUUUUCUUUUUUUUCUUUAGCUUUUUCUUUUCGAUGGUUGAUAGUGUCUGGAAUUAUGGUCGUUUUUUUGUAUCUGCUUUUGCUUGCUUCUGGGGCUUUUUUUUGGUUUUAUUUAGGUUUUUGGCGUGUUUAAAGGAAGGCUUUCGAUGUUGUUGUUGUUGUUGUUGUUGUUGAAUAGCACGAGAAGACAAGGUAGGUAGACAUGCUGGUGUGUCUGUCGCCUAGAGAUUUAAAUACCGAAACGAAUAGUAUAGGUUAGAUAGAUAGGUGUGUAUGAAUUCGGGCAUUUA